GGCGGAGAGCCGAGCGAGCGGGCGGACGGUGGGUGCGGAGCGGGCGAGCGAGCGAGCGCGGCAGCCACAAAGCUGGGGCGCCGCGAGGUCUGCGCGCGGCGUAGCUUGCCCGGCGCGGAGACUUCUCUCCAGGCUGGCGGGGCCCGGGCGUCCCGAGGCCGCAGCUUUUCUGCGCGCUCAAAGCGUUUGCAAGUUGCGAGCAAAGUUUGGUGGAGGAAAAGCCAAGCCUGAGUCCUUUCUUCCUCUCUCUCCCCAAAUCCGUGGGCAGCCCGCGGGCGUCAUGCCCGCGCUCCUCCGCAGCCUGGGGCGCUCGUGAAGCCUCGGAGACUUGGCGCCGGCGAGGACCCCAGAACCACUUUUUCCUUUUUGGAGUUUUCCCGGAGCUCGUCGCUGGCUCCAUCUCGAUCCACACCGGGCGCAGGGGCAGAACCGAUCGCCGAGGAGCGUUGCCAUUCAAGAGGCUGCAGCAGAAGCCGCAGCAAGACCAUCAGCGGCAGCGGCAGCGGCAGCGGCAGCACCGUGGUCCCUGAGCCCACCGCAGGCUGAAGGCGUUGCUGGCAGUCCAUGCUCGUAGGGGAAGUGUGCAGAUGGGAUUACCAUCCACAUGGAGAUACGGAAGAGGACGGGGCACUGGCACCGUAACCAUGGUCAGCUGGGGCCGCUUCGUCUGCCUGGUUGUGGUCACCAUGGCAACGUUGUCCCUGGCCCGGCCUUCCAGUUUAGUUAAGGAUACCACAUUAGAGCCGGAAGAGCCACCAACCAAAUACCAAAUCUCCCAACCAGAAGUUUUCGUGGCUGCGCCCGGGGAGUCGCUAGAGUUGCGCUGCCAGUUGAGAGACGCUGCCAUGAUCAGUUGGACUAAGGAUGGGGUACACUUGGGGCCCAACAAUAGGACAGUGCUUAUUGGGGAGUACUUGCAGAUAAAAGGUGCCUCGCCUAGAGACUCCGGCCUCUAUGCUUGUACUGCUGCUAGGACUGUAGACAGUGAGACUGUCUACUUCAUGGUGAAUGUCACAGAUGCCAUCUCCUCCGGAGACGACGAGGACGACACAGAUGGCUUCGAGGAUUUUGUCAGUGAGAACAGUAACAACAAGAGAGCACCGUAUUGGACCAACACGGAUAAGAUGGAAAAGCGACUUCACGCCGUGCCUGCGGCCAACACGGUCAAGUUUCGCUGUCCAGCUGGGGGAAAUCCAACACCAACUAUGAGGUGGCUGAAAAACGGAAAGGAAUUUAAACAGGAGCAUCGCAUUGGAGGUUAUAAGGUACGAAACCAGCAUUGGAGCCUUAUUAUGGAAAGUGUGGUCCCUUCCGACAAAGGAAAUUACACCUGUGUGGUGGAGAAUGAAUAUGGGUCCAUCAAUCACACCUACCACCUCGACGUUGUUGAACGAUCGCCACACCGGCCCAUCCUCCAAGCCGGACUGCCCGCCAAUGCCUCCACCGUGGUCGGAGGCGAUGUGGAGUUUGUCUGCAAAGUUUACAGCGAUGCCCAGCCCCACAUUCAGUGGAUCAAACAUGUGGAAAAGAAUGGCAGUAAAUAUGGGCCUGAUGGGCUGCCCUAUCUGAAGGUCCUGAAGCACUCGGGGAUAAAUAGUUCCAAUGCAGAAGUGCUGGCUCUGUUCAAUGUGACUGAGGCCGACGCUGGGGAGUAUAUAUGUAAGGUCUCCAAUUAUAUAGGGCAGGCCAACCAGUCUGCCUGGCUCACUGUCCUGCCCAAACAGCAAGCGCCCGUCAGAGAAAAGGAGAUCCCGGCCUCCCCGGACUACCUGGAGAUAGCCAUUUACUGCAUAGGGGUCUUCUUAAUCGCCUGCAUGGUGGUGAUAGUCAUCGUGUGCCGCAUGAAGACCACCACCAAGAAGCCAGACUUCAGCAGCCAGCCGGCUGUGCACAAGCUCACCAAGCGCAUCCCCCUGCGGAGACAGGUUUCUGCUGAGUCCAGCUCCUCCAUGAACUCCAACACCCCCCUGGUGAGGAUAACAACACGCCUCUCCUCCACAGCAGACACCCCCAUGCUGGCUGGGGUCUCUGAGUACGAACUACCGGAAGACCCAAAAUGGGAGUUUCCAAGAGAUAAGCUGACGCUGGGCAAACCCCUGGGGGAAGGUUGCUUUGGGCAAGUGGUCAUGGCCGAAGCGGUGGGAAUCGACAAAGAGAAGCCCAAGGAGGCCGUCACUGUGGCCGUGAAGAUGUUGAAAGACGAUGCCACCGAGAAGGACCUUUCUGAUCUGGUGUCAGAGAUGGAGAUGAUGAAGAUGAUUGGAAAACACAAAAAUAUCAUCAACCUGCUUGGAGCCUGCACGCAGGAUGGGCCGCUCUACGUCAUAGUUGAAUACGCCUCGAAGGGCAACCUCCGCGAGUACCUCCGAGCCCGGAGGCCUCCUGGGAUGGAGUACUCCUAUGACAUCAACCGUGUGCCCGAGGAGCAGAUGACCUUCAAGGACCUGGUGUCAUGCACCUACCAGCUGGCCAGAGGCAUGGAGUACCUGGCUUCCCAGAAAUGUAUUCAUCGAGAUUUAGCGGCCAGAAAUGUUUUGGUAACAGAAAACAAUGUGAUGAAGAUAGCCGACUUUGGACUGGCCAGAGACAUCAACAAUAUAGACUAUUACAAAAAGACCACAAAUGGGCGACUCCCGGUCAAGUGGAUGGCUCCAGAAGCCCUCUUUGACAGAGUGUACACCCACCAGAGCGAUGUCUGGUCCUUCGGGGUGUUAAUGUGGGAGAUCUUCACUCUCGGGGGCUCGCCCUACCCAGGGAUUCCCGUGGAGGAACUUUUUAAGCUGCUUAAGGAAGGACACAGGAUGGAUAAGCCGGCAAACUGCACCAACGAACUGUACAUGAUGAUGAGGGACUGCUGGCAUGCAGUGCCCUCCCAGAGACCGACGUUCAAGCAGUUGGUCGAAGACUUGGAUCGGAUCCUCACUCUCACAACCAAUGAGGAAUACUUGGACCUCAGUCAGCCUCUCGAACAGUACUCACCUAGUUACCCUGACACAAGGAGCUCUUGUUCUUCAGGAGAUGAUUCUGUUUUCUCUCCGGACCCCAUGCCUUACGAACCAUGCCUUCCUCAGUUUCCACAUAUCAAUGGCACUGUUAAAACAUGAAUGCGCUUGUUCCCCCGCCGUCCCCAGACGGGGUGGCACCAGGAACCUAGCUACACUGAGCAGGGAGGCGGUUUGUCCAGGAGCUCGUUGUCUCCGCUUGUAUAUAUGGAUCAGAGGAGUAAAUAAUUGGAAAAGUAAUCGGCACACAUGUAAAGAAUUUAUACGGUUGGAAAUUUGUCAUCUUCACUAGGAGAAGAGGAAUGUUUCUGGGGCGAUGGACUGCCAUGGGCCACCACGCGCCCAUGACCCGCUGUGGGUACUGGCUGUGGACCAGCCGGACUCGAGGCAAACCUGCGUUUUGCCUUCCUUGUGAAUUUUGUAAUAAUUGGAGAAAAUAUAUGUCAGCACACACUUACAGAGCACAAUUGCAGUAUAUAGGUGCUGGAUGUAUGUAAAUAUAUUCAAAUUAUGUAUAAAUAUAUAUUAUAUAUUUACAAGGAAUUAUUUUUUGUAUUGAUUUUAAAUGGAUGUCCCAAUGCACCUAGAAAAUUGGUCUCUCUCUUUUUUUAAAAAAUAGCUUAUUUGCUAAAUGCUGUUCUUACACAGAGUUUCUUAAUUUUCACCAGGCAGAGGUGGAAGUACUUUUGCUUUCAGGGAAAAUGGUAUAACAUUAAUUUAUUAAUGGAUUGGUAAUAUACAAAACAAUUAAUCAUUUAUAGUUUUGUUUUGUUUUGUUUUUUUUUUUGUAAUUUAAAUGCAUUUCUAUGCAGGCAGUGCAUCGGACUAGUUAAUCUGUUGCUCGGACUUAACUAGUUAUCAGCUACUUUGAAAAGAGAAAUAUUUACAGAAUAUGACUAAUUUGGGGAAAGCGACGUUUUGAAUUGUGUGUAAACCCUGCUGCCAGAUGAUUGUUCUGAAACCACCUCCAUGCCCAUAUUACAAGAACUGGCUCCUAAGGUGUUUUGUUUUGAUGUGCAGCUCUGUCCUUGGGCCCAUGUGACCUUUCAGUGGACUUCCCAAGACAAAUGGGACCAGCGCUCUCUUAAAAAGAUGCCUUAAUCCAUCCCUCAGGGAUGGACCUUCGCUGAGACUGUGGCGGAAUGUACUUCUGCCGGCAGCUGGCCUCCUGCCCCAGGGUUGCACAGUAAUCAGAUUAGCCUGCGUUCUCUUCAGUGAAUUUUGGUAAUGGCUUCCAGAUUUAUUGGCAUUAGAGGAGCCUUUUAGCAUCUUCACGACUCAUCAUAGAAAAUUGAAACACUGAGUUCUUCUGCUGAUAGUUUGGGGGAUAUGUCCGUCUUUUUAAGGGAUUGUUUCCGUCUGCUGCUGGCGGGACCUCACCAACGGAUCCGGCCGGACACCAGUGUCAGACGAAGUAUUGCCACGUUCGUUCUGUCUGAAAGGACUGUGUUUUGCUUCCGAAAUACCUACUCACUUUGCCGUACCCGUGCACCACGAAUGCAGAAUACACUGAUUUUACGUGUCAAUGAAAUUGGAGAAAGUAUUUAAUAAAACCUGUUAAUUUUUAUACUGACAAUAAAAUGUUUCUACAGAUAUUAAUGUUAACAACACAAAAUAAA